UUGCAGUCAGUAGAUGCGCCAGAACUACAGUGACCACAAUGUUGCCAAGUAACGUUAUAUCAAAAUCUAGUUUUCAAAAAAGGAAAGAGAGAAAAGAGAGGAAAAACAAAGGAAAGGGUGUCAAACUGUAACCCAGUUUUUCACCAAGAAAGCAGACUUAACAACAGAUGAGUCAGCAGCACCCCAGUCUCCACCUAACUGUGCCCCUCUCUGUCCCAGUGAAGAAGGAUGGAGCUACUGUGGGUCCUUGGCAUUCUCUUCGGGCUAUCAACUCCUCUCCCAACUGAGGUGGUUGAAUCAGGCCCGCCCACCGGGAUCAUCCUCCAGGGGACGCCCGGACUGCUAAUCACCCGGUGUGGUCUCUUCACCCAGAGAGUCUAUGUACGACUAGACCCCUGGGAUGUCUCGGCGCACUCCAGAGACACAUGGGGGAACUCGACCAAGAAAUGCCAGAGAUCCAACAGAGACUCCUCCUCCCACAAGAACAGUCUCUGGCUCCAGCCCACAUCAUCCCACUAGUCAGCGCCAAUCCUUUUCAGGGAUAGCACUGCAGGAUGGAAACAUUGGUCUCAUCAAUGCAGAAAUCAUCGAGAGUACAGGAACUGAAGGAGGAAACAUCACAGUUAGAUGCUCCUUCACUUUCCCUGGAAAGAGGAGAAUCUUCUGUAAGGAUGAAUGUAAAGAUGGAGACAUUCUCAUUGAAACAGAAGAGGACACAGCUAAGAAAGAUAGAUACAGCAUUGAAUAUAAAGAAGGAUAUAUUCCAGUAUUUAAAACAAUACUGUAUGUGAGCAUCAGAAACCUGACUCAGUCUGACUCAGGACGGUACAGAUGUGGUUUAUUCAGAUUUUACUCAUCCUCACCAUCAUACUGGGAGAUUGAGAUCCGAGUUACAGAUGCUCCAGCCUCUCCUCUCAGACCUUCUUCACCAUCAGUCCCAUCAGCCUCCACACUGAUGACAUCACAGAGUUUAAGCUCCACACCUUCAUCAGCCUCCACACUGAUGACAUCACAGAGUUUAAGCUCCACACCUUCAUCAGCCUCCACACUGAUGACAUCACAGAGUUUAAGCUCCACACCUUCAUCAGCCUCCCCUGAAGCCAGCGAGCAGCCUCGACAGAAACACACAGCUCCAGGGCUGGUGCUGUAUGUGCGUCUCCCUCUGGUCGUCUUGGUCAUCGUAUUAUCAGUGGCUGCUCUGAUUUUCUGCAGGAAGAGGGCCAGGAAACCCAACGAACCUCCUCUGGAAACUGAGUACUCUAAUGUUACAGAGGCCAACCGAGUGUAUGAGGAGAUCAGAGAGGACAGACAGAGCACAUCUCCUCCUCUAGAAGUGUCUACAGUUUACACUUUCCACCGAAGCCAGUUCUCAGAAGAAACUCCAACCUCUCCUCUCAGACCUUCUUCACCAUCAGUCCCAUCAGCCUCUACACUGAUGACAUCACAGCGUUUAAGCUCCACACCUUCAUCAGCCUCCCCUGAAGCCAGUGAGCAGCCUCAACAGAAACAAACAAGAGCUCUGCUGUAUGUGGCUCUGACUCUGGUUCUCUUCUUCAUCAUGUUAUCAGUAGCUUUGCUGAUUUUCUGCAGGAUGAGGGCCAGGAAACCCAAAGAACCUCCUCUGGAAACUGAGUACUCUAAUGUCACAAAGGCCAACCGAGUGUAUGAGGAGAUCAGAGAGGACAGACAGAGCACAUCUCCUCCUGUAGAAGUGUCUACAGUUUACACUUACGCCAAAUACACCAAACCAGAUGGAGUGGAAUCCACAGAGGAGUACAGCUUAGUCACUGCACCCACUUCUCAGAAGAAAACUGAAGACGACUGGAGUGACCUCACCUACUCUGAGCUGGAUCUUCCCAACGGUACAGCUGCCUCGCUGCACAGCGCCCCCUCUGGUGACCCAGAUAACGUGGUCUACUCUGUUCCUCGGGUAGAAGCCAGCUCGGCCGGCAGCCACGCCCAAGACGCUUCCCCUCCUCUGUACUCUACUGUUACUUUAUAUCAGCUGUAGCUUCAACGCUGUCAGCGCCACAUUUACUCCCUCAGGAGCCAACAGGGGACACAACACAUUCUCACACCCAACUCCAAACGUACUUA